CGUAUAAGUGCCUGCUGCUUGCAUAUCACUUGUCUGCUGUGUGGGUCUCUGAACCAGAGACUUGCCUCUCUCAACAUGUGGCUGCUGCUGGUUCUGGUGUGGUUCUUGGGCCUGGCCGGGGGAACCUACUGGUUCCUGUUUGGGACGCGCAGCCCGUUCUCUCUGGAGUCGGUGAGGCCCAAAGAACCACUAGAACUGGACCAGAGGAAGAGGGAUAAGGUGCUGAAGAAAGGUUUCACUAGGGAGAGAAUCCCCGAGAACCUGGACGCCGUCGUCAUCGGCAGCGGUCUCGGAGGCCUGAGCGCCGCCGCGUUGCUAGCCAAACAAGGAAAGAAGGUUCUGUUGCUGGAGCAACACGACCAGGCCGGUGGAUGCUGCCACACCUUCACAGAGAAAGGCUUUGAAUUCGAUGUUGGUCUUCACUACCUUGGUCAGCUGCACGAAAACGGCAUGUUGAAGGUGGCCUUCGACCAGCUCACCGAGGGCCAGCUGGAGUUCGUGCCCCUGCCGCAGCACUUCGACACCAUCCACAUCGGGCUGGGAGAGGAGCGGCGCGAGUACAGUCUCUACACCGGCAAGACCGAGAUGGAGGCCCACCUGAAGAAGCAGUUCCCAGACGACACCGAGGCCGUCGAGGAGUUCUUCAGACUCAUGAAGAACUGUGCCAGGAAGACCCACCUCCUGCCGUGCCUGAAGCUCGUCCCUCGCUGGCUGGCCCUCCUCCUGCUCAAGUCCGGCAUCGCUGACUUCUACUGCGACAUCUUCCGCCUGUCCGGCACCAGCGCCACCGCCUGGGCUGACCAGGUCACCAGCAACAAGGACCUCCAGGUCAUCUUCUCAUACCUCUUCUAUGGUGUGCCUCCCAAGGACUCCAGCAUUCUUAUCAAUGCCCUCCUCAUCCACCACUACAAGCGUGGAGCCUACUAUCCUAAAGGGGGCGCCAGUGAGAUCCCCUACCACAUCAGCAACACCAUCCGCAAGUAUGGCGGUGAAGUGCUGGUGAGAGCCCCUGUCACUCGAGUCCUGCUGGACAAAGAUGGCGCUGCCUGUGGUGUGGCGGUGAGGAAAGGCCAAGAGGAAGUGGAGGUGAAAGCGCCCAUUGUGAUCUCCAACUGCGGCCUCUUCAACACCCUCAAGAACUUCCUGCCUCCCGAGAUCCACAUGAAGCACGACAUCCAGGCUCGUCUGAACCUGGUGAAACCGGGAAGAGGUUGCUUCCUCAUAUUCUCCGGCUUCGAUGCCACCCCUGAGGAGCUGGACAUUACGUCAACCAACACAUGGCUCUUCCGGAACAACGACAUGGAUGGAUUGAUGGAUGAUUACUUCAGUUUGAGCAAGGAGGAAGCUCCUGACAACGUCCCCAUGAUGUACUUCACUUUCCCGUCGGCCAAAGACCCAACGUCUAAACUUAGACAACCAGGUAAAACCUCCAUGACCAUCCUGGCUAUGGUGAACUACGAGUGGUUCGAGGAGUGGAAGGACUCGACUGUCAGAAAGAGAGGAGACGACUACACAAAGUACAAGAUGAGAUUCGCCAACAACCUCUUCAACUGGGCCUGUGAGCAUUUCCCCAAGCUGAAGGACAAGCUGGUGUACCAGGAGGUGUCCACCCCGCUGUCCAACGCGCACUACCUGGGAGCGCACCGCGGUGCCAUGUACUCCUCCGAGCAGAACCUCGCGCGCUACGACCCCGUCUCCAUGGCGAAGAACCGCUGUGACACGCCCAUCAAAAACCUCUACAUCACAGGUCAGGACGUGUUCAGCUGUGGCAUUGCGGGGGCUCUGCACGGCGGGCUGCUGUGUGCCUCUACAGUACUCGGUCACAUCCUCUACAUCGACCUCUUGUUCCUUAAGAAGAAGCUGAAAAGGAACAGCGUUGUUCAGACGUUACAAAAAAUGUUUUGUUAG